CAGAAAAAAAAAAAAACCGGGCCACCACCACGACGCUCCUGCGCUUUAUAGCACAACGCCGACCACUGAUACAGGAACGUCAGCAGCAGCAGCAGCAGCAGCAAAUAUCGCAACUACACCCGGUGAUUAUCCCGGCAGUCUCUCAUGGCCAUUCACAUGCAGGGCCGCUGCGUCUGCCGGCGGCUGCGGUACUCGCUGGACCUCGGGUCGGCCGAGGACGCGCGCACGACGCUCUGCCACUGCCACAGCUGCCGGCGCGCGUUCGGCGCCAACUACGGCCUGACGGCCAAGGUGCCCCUCGCCGCGUUCCGGUACGAGGCGGGCGAGCCGAGGCGGUACAAGCAGGAGAACGGGGUGACGAGGGAGUUUUGCGACCAGUGCGGCGCCUUUAUCUGCGAGUAUGGGGAAGAGGCGGCCGACAAGUUCCGCUACGUCGUGUGGGGAUCGCUCGAUGAGCCUGAGAAGGUGCCGCCCAAGGGCGAGUUCUUCUGCAAAGACCGGGCCGAGUGGAUGCCCGAGAUCCAAGGCUUGUUUCACAAGAGGGAAAUAAAGGACUAAUUAAUGAAUGAGUUCAAUCGCUCAAGUUCAUAUCCAUCUGGGUAUACACAACUAUGAUAUAGGGUACUUGCGCACGUUUCGAACUGAAGACAAAGUGAGGCUGAGUGCCUCCUUGAAACCGUAUGAAAAUGUUAGAUUCAAGAGCGCCAUGUAAGGAAGCUGCAGGGGGAGCGUGCGAACAAAGGAAACCAUGUUAUGAUCAAGUAAGGGCGGUAUGCCUGUGCUAGCCUCAGGCUCACCACUAAUAAUUAAUUAAUCAAUCAUAAGGUGGCUGGUACUAAUUAUCUAUUUAAUGUCAUAAUCCCA